UCGGCGUAGAAUGAUGCGGCCUGUUGCUGCGCGACGGGAAGUUGCAAAUGUGAAACUUCGGCAUGAGGCUGAACUGAGUGGAGAGGAGAGGGAGGGAAAAGGUUGCAGUGGCCGGAGUGGGGGUUUUGGCAGGAGGAGGAGAACAGGGGACAGUGAGCUGCAACCCUCCCACUCUCAGUGAUUUAAAAAUAAUAGCGAAGGUCUCGGUCUUAAUUCACCUGUUCUCAGAGUGGAAAUGCAGAGCCCGGGCGGAGCACACAGUGACGAUUCUGACGAAGCAGUGGACGACCUUCUCGACAGUGACGCCCCUACAGUCGAUGGGGACCUUGUAAGCCGGGUCAGUGACACGGAAGAGAGGACACCAGAGCCUGAUCUGAGCGAAGUCGCCAGCUCGGAAGAGUUCGGCCAAACUGCCCAGCCAAGCAGCACAGAGCUCAGCAUGGCGUUGGCGGAGACUCAGGGCAGCUCCUAUGACAAGAAGCACCCUGUUGCCUCGCCUCUCCUUGUCAAAUUCACUGUGACCCUGACGCUGGCCAUUCCGGACGGUCUUGAGGGUGGCAGAAGGAAAUCACUCAAAAAGUCCAAAUCAAUGAGGUCACUGGAAGCAACAAAGCCCCUCAAAUAUUAUCACAUCGAAUGGACUCUUCUUCCAAAUGGUGAAGUAACAAAACUAGAUAUAGUGACCUUUGCAACAGCUGCAAAAGCCUAUGUGGGAAAUGACAGCCAGGUUCUGAAGUCAUGGUAUGAUGGUGAACAAAUGUGGUUGGUCUUCAGUCAUAGUGUGGAGCUGCCAGUUACUAAAGAAAUACUGUUAAAACUUAGCUCUUAUGUGAUGACACUUCAUAUAUGGGACAACAAGGAUAAAGUGAGCUCCAAGGCAAAGUUUGAUCGGCCCAAGGCUUUACGUCUUUUCAUGGAGAGCAAAAAUAUGGAUGAAGAAAAACAUUUGGUUCAGGAGCAGUUAAAACUGUUAAAAGACAGUCCUCUCUUGACAACCUAUAAAGAAACGCAUGAUAUACACCCUGAAGAUCUCUCUCAAAAGCUUGGAGAAGGUCCUGUCACCUCAUCAGACCAAGCCAAUCUUGAGCAUUUAGAAACUGCCGGUCAUGUUCAACAACAACAAAGUGAGGAAGAACCAUGUGCACACCUCAGACAAAAUAAAGUAAUGAAGAAAAAAAAGACUUUAACACCAUCUGCAAAGGGAGUUUCUCUCAAAACAGAAACGGGAGCUGAAUCAAAAACAAAGUCCAAAAGCAAGAUUUUACAUGAAGCACCCAAGAAGCCAAGUCAGAAAAAGAAAGUGCUGGAAAAAUAUAUCUCAGGUGCAAUAAAGCUGGAUAUGAGGCUUCUUCUUGCAGGACAUAAAUCAGUCACAAAUAAAAUGGAUGACAGAAUGUCUGGAAUACGGGAUGCUAUUUUUACAAUAUCAGUGGAUAAUUCACUCAUGUCUGAGGAAAUGGAGAGGGAAUUGAAUCCAAUGGUCAUUCGUAUUAUUUCUGCCAGCUCAAUGCCAUCGACUCCUGUACCAAUCCAUGUGCUAGAGGAAAAAUGUGGCCCUGUGUACUGUCAGUAUCAAUUCUAUGACAUGCCCUGUCAUCGGACAAAAGCUAGAGGGCAUGGGUCAGAGAUUUCUUUUAAGGAUGUGAAUGUGAUUCUAACAGGGACCUUCAAACCAGAUAAACUCAAAGAGUAUCUACUUGGCCCUCCACUAGAGAUAGAGAUUCAUGACCGUGACAGAAGAUUGGUGCUCCAGUCCGAACCACCAGCAUUGUUUGGAACUGAGGCAGAAGAUAUUAAACUGAGCAAUGUCAGUCUUGCUAGCAGUAAGCGAACUGUCCAUGAUCCUUUCACAACUACAAAUAAAUCUUGGGAUCCUUAUGGCAUUGCGAAGCUGGCCUUCUCUGACCUUGUAUAUGGUGAAAAGUGCUUGAAUCUUGCUGUAUCUAUACAAAACAGUGCUACACCAGAUCCAACCGGUUACAAAACAGAUGGAUUGGAUGGACGUAUUAUAAAUGUUUCAGGAGCUAUUGAUGUUCCAGAUGAAUGCCCGUUACCUAAAGGAGAUUAUUUGGAAUCAAACUCUGUGCUUAAUAUAAGAAUUGAAUUAGCUUAUCCAUUAAUGGGAACCACAGAUGUACCACUUGAAACUGGGGAGUGCCAAUUUGGUCGCAUUAUUUACAUUUUUGACUAUAAAAAUACAAAAUUUCUUAAUGAAUUGCUGGGAACAAUUAAUUCAGUUAAUUGUGCAGCACUUUGCCUGGAUACUUUCUCAAAUGAUGGAAGUGAAGCAGUUGAUACAGUACUUAAAGUGGAGCCUGAACUAAAAGAGAGCUCCAUACAGGAUAUUUUGACAGGUUUUCACCUAAUGGAUGGAAAAAUGCAUCUCUUUGUUUUGGAGGGACUGAGAAAUGAAGGGCUCAGGAAAUUGUGGAAAAAUGUACCAAUCAGAUCUGUGGCUCCUGAAGAAGAAAGGAUUAAGAUUCUAUACAAUAGUAACUUCAGUUUUCAUCAGAGAUUGUAUGCAAACAUGGACGAUAAUGUUUAUCAUCUUCAUCUCCGCGAGCCAGUGCAUGAUAUUAUAAAGCAACCUUUGCUGUAUAUUAGGGAUAUGACUCCCCAGGAUUGCUUUCAGGCAUUGUGUAGACUUCAACAUAUGUGCUCUGCCAAAAAGUUAAGACAAGUCGUGCAGGCUGACCUCUUCCCAGCUGUAGACAUGCUAAAAAUACUGAGUCGUGAGUUUGGAAUCCCAGCCUCUGAAACAGGCCCAUUUACGACCAAGACUGUGCCAUCCAUCACAACUGAACCUGCUUCCAAACUUAAACCCACGAAACGGGCGCCCUAUUCUCUACUGGACAUUUACAAUGAAAAAUAUUUACAGAGGAAAAGGGAUCAAAUUUUCCCAGAUCAUGUUCAGGCUAACAUUGAUGCAGUUUCCCAGGCUGACAAAACGCUGAAGAAACCCAAGCUAGGAACAAUUAGGGCGGUGUAUCCUGAAGGCAAAGCAGUGCAUAUUUACUCCAGUCAGACCUUGAACUCUGCUCAGCGGGCAAAGGAACUGCUGCACCAAGAAAUAGCUAAGAAGCAAAACUGCUACUUUACAUACAAUCCAGAAUUUUUGUCAGCAUCGGUGGCUCCUGUGGAUCCAGAAACUGAGAAAAAGAAAGCAAAGAAAAAGUCAAAGGCAGCUUGGCGAACCUUUGAAGGAUUCAGGUUUUAUGAAUUCAAAAGCAGUCUAGAGUCUAAUGAACACCCAAAAAAACCUGAUAAAGCACGGAUAUGCGAUCUUCAGAAGGCCUGGAAGGAGCAUAUUCUGUAUGGUAACCUAUUUAAACCAAUCCUACCACGUGGCAGAUGGAAAUGGAGUGAAAGACACAAAGAUUUUGAAUUAUACAAGAAGUUAACUUACGCACCACCCCCCAUCAGUGUCCAUUUGGCAGGCGAUACUUUAAAAGCUGAACAACUUGAAAGUAUUUACAAAGAUUAUGAGGACUGGCGUUCAAAACUUUUAGUAAGCAAAAUCAAGAACAAAUGUUGCAGUUUUACCAAAACCUUUGAGUUAGAGACAACUGGGCCAGAAACGAGCAAACAAGUAGACAAGUCUGUGAUAUCCUCCGUCAAACAACCCAUCUCUAUUCUAAAGCAAAUAACUUACUCAGAUGUUGGAGAUUUAAUAAACUAUAAAGCCCCACAACAACCAGAAGUCACUAAAGGAUUUGCCCCUGGUUUAACUGCU